CUUAAAAGAAGUAGGAGUAUUUGGUUCGUUCCUAACGGAUCCCGGAAUAUGCCAUUUUAUUGUUGAAAAAGACUGAACCGGCGAAAAAAAGGAGCUUAAAAGUGACGCAGAAAACCCCAUUCCUUUUCUGUAUAUUUUCCAACGACUCCACUUGUGCUCCAAUUCAGAUUUCCAGUCUACGAUGCCGGAAGAGACGACGUCCAUAGAUUACGUAAUGGAGGCCGCCUCCGGUCCUCAUUUCUCCGGCUUACAUCUUGAUGCCCAAUUCCUUUCUUCCCCAAGAUCUCUUUCUUCCUCCCUACUUGCCGACUCAAUCAAACAGCCUUUCGUCAUAGGGGUUUCCGGAGGUACUGCUUCCGGUAAGACGACGGUUUGUGACAUGAUUAUUCAACAGCUUCACGAUCAUCGUGUUGUUCUCGUCAAUCAGGAUUCAUUUUAUCGUGGCUUGACUGCUGAAGAAUCUGAACGUGCCCAUGAGUAUAAUUUUGAUCACCCUGAUGCUUUUGACACAGAGCAAAUGCUAGAGUGUGUUGAAAAGCUCAAACAAGGAAACUCAGUACAUCUUCCAAUAUAUGACUUUAAAAACCACCGCAGGUGCUCUGAAUCCUUCCGCCAGGUGAAUGCAUCUGAUGUAAUCAUCUUGGAGGGGAUACUGGUAUUUCAUGACCAAAGGGUUCGUGACUUAAUGAACAUGAAGAUAUUUGUUGACACAGAUGCGGAUGUGAGGCUUGCACGUAGAAUAAGGCGAGACACAGUUGAGAGGGGUAGGGAUGUCAAUUCUGUCCUUGAGCAGUAUGCUAAGUUUGUAAAACCUGCUUUUGAUGAUUUUGUUCUUCCAUCCAAAAAGUAUGCUGAUGUCAUCAUACCACGAGGUGGCGAUAAUCAUGUUGCAAUAGACUUGAUUGUGCAGCAUAUACGCACAAAGCUUGGUCAACACGACCUCUGCAAAAUAUAUCCAAACGUAUAUGUGAUUCAGUCAACAUUCCAGAUUCGAGGAAUGCACACACUGAUUCGAGAUAAAGAUAUUUCAAAGCAUGAUUUUGUAUUUUACUCAGAUCGACUAAUCCGACUGGUUGUGGAGCAUGGCCUUGGUCAUUUACCGUUUACUGAGAUGCAAGUAGUCACACCAACAGGAUCAGUAUAUAGUGGAGUUGACUUUUGCAAAAAACUGUGUGGUGUCUCUAUUGUUCGAAGUGGUGAGAGUAUGGAGAAUGCAUUGCGUGCAUGUUGCAAAGGUAUAAAAAUUGGAAAAAUCUUGAUCCACCGUGAUGGUGACAAUGGGAAGCAGCUUAUCUAUGAAAAGCUUCCAAAUGCUUCCAAAUGA